UCUUGAUUUGAAUAUUAAUAUGAAUAUCUGUUUUAAUUUUUUUUAAAUCUAUUUACUCGUUCAUUACACGGAGCCCGGCUAGUCACUCGACGGAGAAAAAUAAAAACAAGACAUUAAUCCACAACCUUGCUUUGUUGACGAAUGCUCUUACCACUGAGCUACAGGAAAGAUAUAUGUUUAUGACAAUAUUUUAUCGUUUUUCCGUUUUAAAACAAUUGCUUGUAUUAGACAACUUUAUUGUGAUUGUAUUAUUAUACACUUUACAAAAUGUACUGUGUGUUUUGGUCUAAAAUAAUUGAUAAAUGUCUUUUAUAAAAGGUUCUGUCAUAGCAAUCUUAUCUUCAGUUUUGUCUAGUAUAUUUAGAGAAACACGUUAAACAUCCUUUAUUUAUUUUAAUCUUACUUGCAAUGGAAAACCAGCGAAAAUUAACCUUGAAAUACUAUAUUUGUAGUUUUAUCCUUCAAAAUUGCUAUGUCCCUCUGCAGCCAGAAACUUUAAACUGUUUUAAUGUCAUCAUCUAAUAUUCAUUAUAUAUUAAAAUAAUAAUAUAAUCUUAUUGCUAUUACAACAAUAAAAUUGUCAAAAAGUGUUUUUAAAGAACACUGUCGUGUCUUUUACGUCAAGCUUCGAUUGAAUGCUGUUUUGAAAACUAAAAACAUAAUUUUUGCAAGAUUUUAGUAUGUACAGAGGUUUAGCUAGCUCUGGAACAAGAUAACGUACCUUCCGAUGAUUCAUAUAACAAGAUAUGGUGAUAACACUUUUUUGAUCAGGCGUUUAAACCAGCUACCAAUCGGGGUCCUGAAGAGGUCCGAAUUCAAAGCGGAAUUCGACGCCUCACGACAACAGAAAGGAGGAGAAUUGGGACGCAGCAUUUUUACUACGAAAUCUUACAUUUCCGACGUAUUUGUGAAACCAGAGGAAAGUUUUCAGAAAGGUCUGUUUUUACGUGCAAAUUACUCGGAAUGAACAUAUAUAUUUACGAAUGUUUUAUGCACGAGGCCAAUGUCUCUAACAUCUCCAGUUCACACAAACAGUGAUUGACACCUUCAGUGAAGCUCCUCCUACAUCAAUCCACCAAUAAAUACCAGAAACCAACAAGCAGAAGAAUCACUUCAGGUGUAAGAACUGAAAUCUUCACACUGUUGUUGGAGUUACUGGAAGAGAAGCUUGAGAACACGAGAGAUCCAGAACUACACAGAACACAAACUGAGGGACUGAAGAACACAGAGAUAUGAUGGAAGUGAAUAAGGACAGUCAAGAUGAAGUAAAAGAUCCUGAUGAGAAACAUCAACAUGCACAAAAAUUCCAGAAAGUUUCACAGAGAAAAGCUCUGAGAACAGGAGACAAAAAGAGCGAUAAGCACCAGACAGGAGUGAAAGCAUUUGCAUGCCUAAAGUGUGGAAAGACUUUUACAAAUACAAGUCACCUUAAGACACAUAUGAGAAUUCACACUGGAGAGAAACCGUUCACAUGUCUACAGUGUGGAAAGAGUUUUACAAACACAAGUAACCUUAAGAAACACAUGAGAAUUCACACCGGAGACAAACCUCACGGAUGUCUACAGUGUGGAAAUUGUUAUACGAAUACAAGUCACCUUAAGACACACAUGAGGAUUCACACCGGAGAGAAACCUCACUCAUGUCUACAGUGUGGAAAGACUUUUACACAAACAGGAAGCCUUAAGACACACAUGAGGAUUCACACCGGAGAAAAACCUCACGUAUGUCAACAGUGUGGAAAGACUUUUACACAAACAGGACACCUUAAGAGACACAUGAGGAUUCACACUGGAGAUAAACCUGACGCAUGUCUACAGUGUGGAAAGACUUUUACACAUUCAGGAAGCCUUAAGAUACACAUGAGAAUUCACACUGGAGAGAAACCUCACGCAUGUCUACUGUGUGAAAAGACUUUUACACAAACAGGUAACCUUAAGACACACAUGAGAAUUCACACUGGAGAGAAACCUCACGCAUGUCUACUGUGUGGAAAUUGUUAUACGAGUACAAGUCACCUUAAAACACACAUGAGAAUUCACACUGGAGAGAAACCUCACGCAUGUCUACAGUGUGGAAAGAGUUUUACAAAUACGAGUAACUUUAAGACACACAUGAGAAUUCACACCGGAGACAAACCUCACGCAUGUCUACUUUGUGGAAAUUGUUAUACGAAUACAAGUCACCUUAAGACACACAUGAGGAUUCACACUGGAGAGAAACCUCACGCAUGUCUACAGUGUGGAAAUUGUUAUACGAAUACAAGUCACCUUAAGACACACAUGAGAAUUCACACUGGAGAGAAACCUCACGCAUGCCUACAGUGUGGAAAGACUUUUACACAAACAGGAAGCCUUAAGACACACAUGAGGAUUCACACCGGAGAAAAACCUCACGCAUGUCAACAGUGUGGAAAGACUUUUACACAAACAGGACACCUUAAGAUUCACAUGAGAAUUCACACUGGAGAGAAACCUCACGCAUGUCUAAAGUGUGGAAAGACUUUUACAAAUACAAGUCACCUUAAGACACACAUGAGAAUUCACACUGGAGAGAAACCUCACGCAUGUCAACAGUGUGGAAAGAGUUUUAGACAUUCAGGAAGCCUGACGAUACACAUGAGAAUUCACACUGGAGAGAAACCUCACGCAUGUCAACAGUGUUGAUAGAUCUGGAUAGAAACAUAAAGUUGUUUCUUGUUUUAUUUCAUUUUAUUAUUCUAUUUCAUUUAUCCCAUUUAUUACAAUAUUCAUCUAUCAUAUGUAUUCAUUCCUAUAUUUUAAUAUUCACUUCUAUUCGUGUAAUUUGCUCCUUACUUUCCUUUUGUUUAACCUCGUUGAGUGUUGUAUUGUGUCUUAUGCUGAUAUGAGUAUCUGUUGGUCUCCAUCUCAAGGUUCAUAAUUAUGUUAUAAGACAAUGUUUUGAUACUGUAAUCUUGAAUGUUAAAAACUCAUAUUGAAUCUGUUUCUAGUCAGACAAAGUUUGGCAGAGCUUGACUGAGCAUCAACACACAACUGAGAUUAUUCAAUAAAUCAUUUGUCUGUCUAUUUAACAUCA